UUAAAAUCACGUGUUCAAGCUCAAUAUCACUCUGUGAAUUGAUGUUGCUGUUGAUAACUUCUCAAAAAAACUACUCUUUUCUUUGUGCUCUUGUUUUCAAUCAUGAUGUUAAUAAAUUAUUAAAAGAAAAUAUGAACUCAGAUAAUUCGCCUGGCAUUGGAAAAAAAUUUAAAAAAGUGAGCAAAAACCGAAAAAAAGCUUGGCGAAAGCAUACAGACAUAAGCGAGUAUGAAGAAUUUCUAGACGAUAAAAGAUUUGAAGAACGCAUUGGCCAUUCCAUAGGUGAUGCCAAGAAUGAUGACCUAUUUGUAAUCGAAAAAGCAGGUGAUGAUGCUUUUUAUCAGGAAAAGUUGGAUCAAGUCUCAAGAAAUCGAGAAGGCAAAUCGAGCCUUUCAUCAUCGGUCAAUAAUUCGAAAUUGAGAAAAAUUACAUCUGAACAUCGAUUGUAUCAGAAAUUAUUGCCAACAUCGAAAGUUCCAGCUGUGGUGAUUCAAAAACGAAGCAGUGAUAAACGACAUACUGUUUAUAAUGAUGAUAAAAAAUUGAUUCGAUAUUGGAAUGAUCGUAAAGAUUCAAUUAUUCGUGCUCAACAAGAGAAACGAUUCAAACAGAAAGCAAACGAAAAUAACAUCAAAAAAUCACGAUUCAAUAUUAACUAUGACCUAUGGAAUGAUGACAAAUCAAUGACCAUGGCCAAAAAAGUACCUGAACAUUUGCGGCAGAAACCAUCUUUGUUGCCUGCAAUCGAGAUUCCUUUACCAGGACAAUCUUAUAAUCCAAGUGAAGAAGAUUAUCAAACAUUAAUCAUAUCAGAAGCUGAAAAAGAAUUAGCUAAAUUGAAAGAAGAAAAAAUGUGGGCCGAUAAAGUGGAAAAAUUCCAUCUCACCAGAAAUGAAGCACAAGAAAAUGAAAAAGCCUAUCUAAAUGAAAUGUUACAGGGAUUGUUUGAUGAUGAUCAAAAUGUUGAUGAUGAAAAACAUACAGAAAUAGCUGACGAUCAAGAUUUGACCAUGGCCAUAGUGAAUGCUAAAACCAUAAAAAGAAAAACAAAGCAACAAAAACGUCGUGAAUUACGCGAAAAAGAAAUUAAGAAACGAAAAGAACAAGAUAAAUUGACACGUAUAAAAGAGAAUGGUGUUUAUCGGAUCAAAGCAAUAGAAAAGGAAUUGAAUGAACGAGAACAGAGAAUCGUGGAGCGAGCAAAACUUCGACAAGCCAAACACAUUGAAUCCUUGUACAAACCAAAACGAUUAAGUCGUCAUCAUUUCGAGGAAACACCAAUCGAAUUGAAUUUACCUAGCGAAAUUUCAGGAUCAUUAAGAUCGUUGAAAACCGAAGGUAAUUUCCUGAAAGAUCGUUAUAAAAGUCUACAGAAGCGUAAUCUAAUCGAAACAAGAAUUUUACAAAAUCAUAAACGAAAAUAUAAACGAAGAACGGAAAUCAAACGAAGACAUAAAGAAAAAAAAUAAAUAAAUUGGAUUCUAUUUCCACCUGAUCCAACCUGUGAUGUGGAAAUGGGUUUUUUUUUUAUUGCAUAUUAAUAAAUCAAUGCUUUUUGUGUAU